AGGAAAUUACCUCCCAGAACUGCUGGCAUGUUGCCAGCAUGAAGACAUUCAUCUAUUUUGCACAAAGUCUGACUCACAGAUAUGACGGUGAGGAGGGAGGAGAGUAUGAGAGAGGGGACAAGACGGGAGUGAGUGUGAGCAGAUCACAGCCUGUGAACAAGAGGCUACGGCUGAAAAGGAGAGAAAGGCAGACGAGCCACAACAUCUGAAAGUUUUAAACCUGUGAUCGCGGUAGGUGAUGCAAAGCAAGACUGGGGGUUCUUCCAACAUGUGGAAGCAAAACAAAUUCCACAUCAUGGACUGCUUCAGACAAAGACAGAUUUAGGUUGUGUUGCUGAGGCAGGGUAUUCUCUGUCACAUUCAAACUUGAUGGAAAUACAAAUACGAGAUAGAGAAUGUUGAAAAAGACACGCAACUGGGUGGUAAGCUAAGACUGAAACGCAUUGAGUUUUAAGGUGGACAUCAGCACAGUGUUGCUUCAGUGUUACCAAAAGCUUGUUGUGGAACAGAUUUGAAACAUCAAAAAGGAACCUUCAGGAGCAGAUGCAUUUGUUUUUUAAAGAGGAAGCACUGAAUGGCAGUGUCGACAGCCUGAAAAGUGACCUCUGGUAACAUUUAUCCGUGGAAAUAUUAACCAUGUUGGAUUACUGCUGGCACUGGAGUUCAUAGCAUUGGAUCUGUUCCAAGUGGAUCCUAAACUGAUUUUCUGCUAUUCCUUUUAAUUUUGUACACUGCAUGAAGGAUGACACAUCCUGCUCACUGAUCCAGAGCUGUCCCACACUACCCUUUGCCCUUGCCUGAAGGACCCAGUGACCAUGCUGGCCGAGUGUCUAACACCAGAAGGAUCAGAGCCCCAACACACGCUCAGGCCGGCUGUAACCUCUGCAGCACCAUGUCUCAGGCAGUCUUGGAGCCAUUUGAGACAAACAACACAUGUCCAAGAGAAGAAUCUGAGGUUCAGUUGAAAUGGGCUGCCUUGCUAAUUGUCAUGGUCAUCAUCCCCACAAUUGGUGGCAACAUCUUGGUCAUUCUUGCUGUGUCCCUUGAGAGGAAGCUGCAGAAUGCCACCAACUAUUUCCUGAUGUCGCUUGCUGUUGCUGAUCUGCUAGUGGGUCUCCUCGUAAUGCCCAUUGCCUUUGUCACUGUCCUUUACAACUCUGGCUGGCCUCUACCGGAAUUCCUGUGCCCCAUUUGGCUCUUCCUUGAUGUGCUGUUUUCUACUGCGUCCAUCAUGCACCUAUGCGCCAUUUCACUGGAUCGCUACAUAGCAAUCAAGAAGCCAAUUCAGCACAGCCAGUACAAAUCCAGAGCCAAAGCGAUGGUGAAGAUAGCGCUGGUGUGGCUCAUAUCCAUUUGUAUUGCAAUCCCGAUUCCAAUUAAGGGGCUUAAGAACUACCAUCUUCCCAACAACAUCACCUUCAACAGUAACCACACCUGCCUGCUGAAAACCGACACCUUUAGGGAGUUCAUCAUGUUUGGUUCUUUGGCAGCAUUCUUCAUCCCUUUGACCAUUAUGAUGGUCAUCUACCUGCUCACUGUCCAGGUUCUGCGCAAAAAGGUUUAUUUGCUCAGGUCAAAGGUGACUCAGCGCUUGAGCCAACCAACUGUCCUCACAGUUUUUCAAAAGGAACAGGUUGUGACUUCAACUCAGGUUGAGCAACUGAACACACUAGACAGAAGAUUCCCCAAGAUGCAAGAGAAAUCAGAUGCAGCCACAGCAAACUUUCCUACAGAAGGUGAAAUUAGCUUUCGCCGAAUGUCAACAAUGGGAAAAAAGUCAAUGCAGAAUCUGAGCAAUGAGCAGCGUGCCUCUAAGGUGCUAGGCAUUGUCUUCCUUCUGUUUGUUGUAAUGUGGUGUCCCUUCUUCAUUACUAAUAUCACCUCUGUGCUAUGCACUAGCUGUGAUGUUGACGUAAUUGGCCGCCUAAUGGAAAUAUUUGUUUGGGUAGGUUAUGUGUCAUCCGGUAUCAACCCAUUGGUCUACACUUUAUUUAACAAAACUUUCAGGGAGGCAUUCACACGUUACAUCACUUGUAAUUACAAAAGCUCUACUAGUCGCGGGCCAGGAAUGCACCCAAGGGCUUCAAUUACAGAACGGACCCUCACACGGAUCUCAUUCAAGUCUUCCAUGGCAGAAAACUCUAAACUAUUCAUGAAACGGGGGAUGAAGAAUGGAAUUGGAACAGUGAACUAUCAAAGUCCAAUAAGAUGCAGACAAGGCCCUGUACAAUCAUCCAGUGGUGUUAUGUUGGAUACAAUGCUUUUGACUGAAAAUGAAGGUGGCAAGGUAGAGGAGCAUGUUAGCUGUGUGUAGAGUGGUUUGGAAAAUGUGAAAAUAAAAAAAUAAGUAGCA